ACCCCCUGACCUCACCCAAAGGGUUAAAACCCUUUUCCACUCCACUCACGAUGACCGCAAUCCUAAACUGAAAAUGAACUUCUGGCUACACCUACAAUGAUUCAACUCCACAGUCGCUUCUUCUCCAUCUCCUCUCCCUCUCCCCGCAACCUCAUCAUGUUGCAGUUCAGGGCCUUCCACACUCCCUUCAUCAUCUCACACUCGACCUUACGCAUUGGGAUCGCCAACUCCGUCCACCACCGUAACCGCUUACCGUUUCGUUCACUCGCCGCCGGCAAUACCACCGGUUCCGCAGCGUUUGCUGUUGCGAAAUCCGUUACCGGUUUCGGAUUUCCUUUUCCAGGGAAUGGCGUUGGAACCAGUUUGAUGUUCUCGACUCGCGCUGUGGAUGAUGAUAAAGCGAAGAAACGAGCUAAAGCAGCUGCUUCCGCCGUCGUUCGCAGUAAAGGUAAGGGUUCUGUUUCUGAAACUGUUGACAAUGUUGAACCUGCUGCGGUGAGUCUUAAACAGGACGACGAUAAAGUCGCUGUUAAAAAGAAGAAGACGACGAAGAAGCCGGCAACAAGCAAGAAAGAAGGGAAAACUUCUGCUACCAAAUCGUCGCAAGAUGAUGCUGGAGCGAAGGUUCCGAUAAAUUCCUCAUCCAAAGGGAAGAAGAAAAAUGUCAAGGAGAGUUUGGCGAAGAGUACUGUUGAAGAAAUACAUGAUGAUUCUGCUUCCACAAAGUCAAAGGAGAAGAAUGGAAGCUCCAAGGAGGAGCAAGGGAAACCCCCAUUGAAAUUUACCACCAAGCCGCUGUAUCCACCCUUAGGAAAGGCUGUGGUGGUUGUGGAGUCUGUUACAAAGGCGAAGGUUAUUCAGAAAUACCUUGGCGAUACAUAUGAAGUAUUGCCAAGCUAUGGUCAUGUAAGAGACUUGGCUGCGAGGUCUGGAUCUGUGCGACCUGAUGAUGAUUUUAGUAUGGUGUGGGAGGUUCCAUCGGCUGCUUGGACUCAUCUGAAGAGCUUCAAGGUUGCAUUGAGCGGAGCAGAAGUCCUUAUUCUUGCCUCAGAUCCUGAUCGUGAGGGGGAGGCCAUUGCUUGGCACAUCCUUGAGAUGUUACAACAACAGGGUGCUCUGCAUGAUAAUAUUUCUGUAGCAAGGGUUGUCUUUCAUGAAAUAACUGAACAGUCUAUUAAAGGUGCCCUGCAAGCGCCACGGGAGAUUGAUGUGAAUUUGGUUCAUGCUUACCUUGCACGAAGGGCUCUUGAUUAUUUGAUUGGAUUUAACAUUUCACCGUUACUAUGGAAGAAGUUACCUGGCUGCCAAUCAGCAGGAAGAGUUCAAUCUGCUGCGCUUUCUCUUAUAUGUGAUAGAGAAAUGGAAAUUGAUAAAUUCAAACCGCAGGAGUAUUGGACUGUGGAGGCACAAUUGAGGAAAAAAGAGCUGAUAUCAAACAGGAACCUUACGUUUUCUGGCCACCUGACCUGUUUUGAUUCAAAAAAGUUGACUCAGUUUUCGAUUACCUCUGAUACUGAGGCAAGGGAUAUUGAAAGCAAAUUAAAGUCAACUGAUUUUAAGGUUAUUAGCUUGAAAAGGAACAAAGUUCGAAGAAAUCCUCCAACACCUUAUAUAACAUCAACACUUCAGCAAGAUGCUGCAAACAAAUUGCAUUUCACAGCAAGUCACACAAUGAAGCUUGCACAGAAACUCUAUGAGGGAGUUGAACUAGCUGAUGGUGUAGCAGAGGGUCUGAUAACAUACAUCAGAACUGAUGGAUUCCAUAUAUCUGAUGGAGCUGUUGCUAAUAUACGCUCCUUGAUCAUUGAAAGGUAUGGACAAAAUUUUGCUGCACGAAGUCCACCAAAGUACUUUAAAAAGGUGAAAAAUGCACAAGAAGCCCAUGAAGCUAUUAGACCAACUGACAUACAUAAGUUACCAUCAAUGCUUGCUGGGGUGCUAGAUGAAGAAUCCUUGAAGCUAUACACACUUAUUUGGUCACGGACAGUUUCAUGUCAGAUGGAACCAGCUAUUUUUGAACAGGUACAACUUGAUAUUGGAAAUGCUGAUAUGUCUAUUAUGUUACGGUCUGCCAGUUCAAAGGUUGAGUUUCCUGGAUAUCGGGCUGCUUUUGAGGACAUUGAUAUGGAAGUUGUUCAAGAUAAACAUAAUGAUCGAUCUUAUCGUGAUCAAGCAUUUGAGGUUCUAAAUUCCAUAAAGACAGGGGAUCUGUUACAUCUUGUUCAAGCUGAACUUAAUCAGCAUCAUACGCAGCCACCACCACGUUACUCUGAAGCAUCGUUGGUUAAGAAGCUUGAGGAGCUUGGGAUUGGAAGACCUUCGACCUAUGCAUCCACAAUAAAAGUCUUAAAGGAUAGGAACUACGUGACAGUAAAAAGUCGUGUUCUGUCUCCAGAAUUCCGUGGUCGCAUGGUUUCAGCUUUUCUGUCACAUCAUUUUUCAGAGGUCAUGGACUAUAAUUUCACUGCCGAUAUGGAAACUGAGCUUGAUAAUGUUUCUGGUGGAUUAACUGAGUGGAAAGGGCUCCUUAGAGAUUAUUGGACGCGAUUUAAAUCAUACUGUGACAGUACUUCUAACGUGCAUAUUCACCAGGUUGAGAAGAUGUUAGAAAAAAAGUUUGGACAAUAUUUAUUUGCUUCUCUCCGAGAUCAGAAACGGGUCUGUCCAAGCUGUAUGGAAGGCACACUAAUUUUUAAAGUAAGUAGAUUUGGUGCUGGCUACUUUAUAGGUUGCGAUCAACAUCCGAGGUGCAAGUACAUUGCUAAAACAUUAUAUGGUGUAGAGGAGGAUGAAGAUGCACCUCAGCCAAACACAACAAUAGAGGAACCUAAAGUCCUAGGUGUUAUCAGUGGUUCAAAUGAAAAGGUUCUUUUUAAAAGUGGUCCUUAUGGAUGCUAUGUUCAGCUUGGAGAAGACAGGAAGGGAUACGCACCUAAAAGAGCCUCUGUCCCGAGUUUCAUGAAUGCGAACAAUAUAACCCUUGAAGAUGGACUUGAGUUGUUGCGAUACCCAUUGACACUGGGUAAACAUCCGAAGGAUGGACGGCCUGUCAUUUUAAGGCUUUCACAGGGUGGCUUUACUGUUAAGCAUCGAAGUAAAAGUUUUCAUGUUCCAAAGGAUAUGAACCCACGUGAUGUCACCUUCGAAAAAGCCCUUAAAUUUUUGUUAGGAGAUAAUGUGACAAAUACUGGUCGACCAAAAUCCAAACCUAAAGUAGAAGAAGAUGAAGCUGUUGAAGCUUUCUAUUAGCAAACAUUCAACAAAAGCCAAACCUAUUAGCUAACAUUCAACAAUUGCCCGAGAGCUUUUUUUGGGUCAGGUUCUCCAACACACAUUUCCCAGUCCAAUGCGAGCUACGGAAGAUUCUUUUAUGGAGCCAAAAAUGCAUAUUAUUCUAUCAAUUUUGUUCAGUAUCUGUACAAUAUUAUUAUAUUGUUAGGCCAAUCUGAUUUAUUUUUGGUAGAAAUAGUUCUCAUAAUGUUGCACCGUUUCCUGAUUGUAUUUUUAUUAGACCCUUAACGCUGCAAUUUUGACCUGCCCAAAGGUUGAUAUUUUUGCAGUCACUUUGUACAAUGUAAGGCUGUUUUGGAAUUUUACAGCAAAUUCACAAUAAAGCUUAUUAAUUAUAUAAUAAUAUUGUUUUAUUUCUCGUA